AUGCAUCCACAAACCCCCCCGACCUUGCCCCCCCUCCCCGACCCCCGCGUCGACCCACUCCCCCCCCCCCCUUCAACACCCACCCCGUCGUCGCAUCCAACCACGAGCCCCCCCCCCCUUCCACCACCCCCUUGCCCCCCCCCCCCUACACCCCCACCUUCCCUCACGCUGCGCGCCCCCACUUCCCCCAAUACCUGCUCCCACAUACACUCCCCCACAACCCCCUCGCCCACACAGUAUACAACUACCCACCCAUCCCACCCCGGACCCCGCACCCUCCCCACCACCCCACUUCUCUCCCACCCUCGCCACCCUCCCCUCGCCCACCCCCCCACCUCAGUCCCACACAACCCCGCCAUCCUGCCCCCCUACCCCCGACCAGCCCCCCCCCUCCAGCCCACCCCAAAAUCCCUCGCCCCCCCGCAUCCACCACACCCAUCCCCCACCUAUCACCACCCCAUCGCCCAAACCCCCCUACCACACACCCGCCACCCUCACUUCAUGCCCCCUAACCCCCCGUCCCACCCUUUCAACCCCGCCUCCCCCACCCCCAACUUUUCCCAUUCCCCCUCCAUAACCUGCCACAACCCCAAGCUCGCCUCCUAA